CCGAUCCUACUCAGAUCUAUUCGCUGACUCAGUGCCUUAAGCAGCAUCACCGUUCACCUGAAGAGAGCUACAGCCUGCUCUGCGGAGAAAUACAUCAGCCAUGGCCAAAACAGCAACCGCAUAUAAAGAGAAGAUGAAGGAGCUGUCCGUCCUCUCCCUCAUCUGCUCCUGCUUCUACCCAGAGACACGCAAGACACUUGUGUGUGAGUUUGAAGACAUGGAGGUGAAAGCUUUGAACAAGCGAGCUUCUGGCCAGGCCUUUGAGGUGAUUCUCAAGCCUCUGUCUCCAGUGUCAGAUGUGGCUCACAACCUCCCCUCACCCCCAAAGAGGGCUAUUUCUUUGGAGGACAUUGAGAAGAAACUGGAGGCUGCUGAGGACAGGAGGAAGUAUCAGGAGGCCCAGGUGAUGAGGGCUUUGGCAGAAAAGCGCGACCAUGAGAGGGAUGUGUUGCUAAAGGCCAUGGAGGAGAACAGCAACUUCAGCAAGAUGGCUGAGGAGAAGCUCCAGUAUAAGAUGGAGCAGAUCAAGGAGAACCGUGAGGCCCAUUUGGCAGCCAUGCUCGAGCGUCUACAGGAGAGGGAGAAACAUGCAGCUCUGGUGCGCAAGAACAAAGAGCUGAGGGAAGAGCUGACAGCAUGAGCCUCACACAGUCCUGACUUCCAUGAUCCAUCAACGUCCCGUCAUCAAACCCCUCCCUCUUCCUUGCCCUGCCCUCUCUCUCCUCAGAAAAGACCCAACUCUGGAGGCUGAGAGGUCUGAAGAUCUUACCACCACAUCACACCACACCUCACCACCAGUACUCACCACUAUCAGUAUUAUCCGUGGAUACAAACAUCAAUAACAACGAUCUAGAGAGUUGAAUGGAGUUGUUGAUUUAACAGAAAAUGUGAGAUUAUGGCUUUUAUUUUGUAAAUACUUUUCCUUAAAAAGUCUUUCUUUCUUUCUUUCUUUCUUUCUAUCUAUCUAUCUGUCUAUCUUUGAUGGUAGGUAAAGUACAUGCAAAGAUUGUACUGUACUGCACUGUACAAUUUCAAACAUUUUGUUUGUGAUUGAUUAACGUUUCAGUUCUUGAAAUUUGACUAUACAACCAUUUUCUUGUGAAAGCCGUUGGUGUUGUGAGUUGGCUGUAGACUGGCAUUUGCAGUGUUUUCUGAUGAUGUCAUGAUGAUGAUGUUUCUGUGUCUUUGUGAAGAAUGACGGACGGUGUAGCUACACCACAGGCUCCUUUUGAGAUAUCAACGUAUCCUAUCUGUAUCUUCCUCACGCACACCCACUCAUUCUCAACACGCACGCUUUGAACUUAACAAUACGCCACAGAUCCAUAAAGUGUCCACCUUCUCUGAAAUGAGCUUGAUAAUGAACUAGAGAGGGCCUUUUUUGUUAUUAAGAAUAUCUUUUCCCAAUGGGAGUUUAUACACUUGCAGAUUCCCAGUUACCCUAAAAACAACCUUUCUCAAUGAAUCCAUCUUCAGCUAAGUACUUAGCUCUGUUAUAUACACAGUAUUUGGGCACUACGCUCUUGAAUGUUUUGACACCAGACUGGUACCAUGCAAAUUGUCUUGGACAGUGGAAUGUGCUGUUGCUCCCACCUUGAUAUUGAUAGUGUGAACAUACGAAUGUCUGUGUGGGUGUGUAUGAAUGCUAAUUUACCACAAUGCACCAUUAGCCUCUGCUCUCUUUUGGGGAUUAGAUGGAGAAUGGAUGCAGAAUGCUUUACAUUCAGCACCUGAACUAGUAUCUUUUUAAUAUCAAUGCCACUGAUAUCUGCCUGCAUCCUCUGCUGCUUGUGUUUCUCCCUUCAUAUAUUUCUCUGUGAAAGCUUUGCUGAAUAAAGGUUUGAGGUUCUGUGAACAUGGCAUGCACCAUCUAAUAGUUUUCUGCGCUAAAAGAAGAGGGAAAAUGUAAACUGCCAAAUAAAGUAACCAGUUAUCUACACAUCAUGAGAA